GGAAAUACGUUUUAUCGUAGGGCAAAAUGGCGUCGAGAGAGAGUGAGUGAGAAAGAUGAUGAAAAUACCAAUUGAUAUAUAUAUGUGUAAUUUAUAUGUGUGUAUGUGUGUAAUUGUUGUACACUCGGUGAAAAAAGUUAAAGGAACAAAAAUGCCGCGGGUAAGAGGAGACGCGUGUUGAGAGGGUCUACCUAUCAAGAAAGAAAGAAAAAAUAAAAAAAAGGAAAAAAAGGAGAGAAAAAAAAACAAUAAUCUCAAGACACCUUAAUCUAAUUCUCUAAUGAUCUUUUUAAUUUGAUUCAAUUGAUAUUAAUAAAAGUGUAAUGUAAUUAAUAGUGUUUUAAUAAAAAUGAAUACAAGUGAUAAUUAAUAAUUAAUAUUUUUUUUUUUGGACAUUGAACGAGUAUGAACAACGACGCUAUGGCGUCCGUUCAAAGUGUGUGACAUUACAAGAUUUUUCCACCAUUUCAUGUACAAUUUUGUGGUUGAUUGAUACAUCUUUGAAGAUUAAUUUAAUAAUAUUAUUCAAAUAUAAUAAUUGAUAUUAGCUUUUUAAUAUUUAUUUACUGUCAUCAUAAAUAUUGUAUUGUCAUUUUAUCUAUUAAUGACUAAAAACAAACACUAGAUUUUACAUAAAUUACAUUUGACAGUUCCCACCCUCAACUGACAAAUUUGUGAUAAAAUUUUGAGGAAAUUAAAAAAAAUGACAACGAAAAUAUCACAGGAUGUGAUGAGUAAAAUAAACUUGCAUUAACAAGUGACUAAUACAUCAACAAUUAUAAAAUUAGAAAAAACAAAAAACAUCAACAACAAACAAAUAAUAAUAUUAAUAAUAAUAAGUAGAAAAUUGAUAUCAGUAAAAAAUGUCAAACAGUUUAGAUAGUUUUUUAACACGAAUUGGUGAUGUGACAAUUGAAAGAUUAGCACCAAGAUCAUCAGAUGAUCCUGGAGAUCGUGGUGCUGGGAAGAGUGCAAGUAAUCCAGAUAUACAAACUGGUAAUGAUGAUGAUUCAGAAUCUGGUGGUGAUACAAGUGAUGGAGAUGAAGAAAGAAAAAAUAUUAUGGAAUCAAAUGACAUACAAUCAGAGGGAUCUGGUGAUGAUAUGGAUCUUGAUGAAACAAUUGAUACUGAAAUUGGUGUGAGAAUUGACUCAGAAAGACAAAGAACUCCAUCGCCUUGUCAAGAUGAAGAUGAUGAUGCUGUUAAUAUUUUGGAUACUUUACCUCUCGAAGGUGCACCAAUUGAAGGUCAAGAAGUAUCAGAAGCUGAUUUAUUAGGUAAAUCUCUUAUAAAAGAUGAUGACAGUAUGGAUAAUGAUCCAUCAAAUAUAGAUUCAUCACCAUCAUCACCUUCAGAUCAAGAUAAUCAAAAACGUCAUGCUGAAACUGAUGAAGAAUCAGAUCAUCCUAAAAAACAAAAAAAAGAUGAUAAUCAUGAUGAUAAUGAGAGUAAAGCAGAAAAAAAACUUUCAAAUAUGCGUAGAAAUAUACGUGAAGUUAUGGAUGAAACACAACUUGAUGAAGCAACAUUAUCAGCUCAACGUCAAGAAAUGGAACGUUUACGUCGUGUACAAGAACAACAACGUAUGAUACGUGAAGCACGGCAACUUGCAAUUAAUCGUCAAAAUAAUAAAACUCAAACACGUGUUAUGAGUUUACUUCAAGGUAAACAAAAUGAUAUUGGUACAACAUUAUCACAAACACCAUUAUCAUCAUCUUUAUCGGCUUCGUCAUUAUCAUCAUCAUCAUCAAUAGCAGUAUCAGCAGCAGGAGUAGGAGCAGGAGCAGGAGCAACAGCAUCUUCAUUAUUAUCAGGUACAUCAAAUUUAAAAACACCAAUGUCAUUGCUAUCAUCAAGAUUAGAUUCACCAAAUCAAUCAUUAUUAAUAUCAAAUUCAUCAUCACAAAUGCCAACAACAAUAAAUAAACGUCCAAUGGAAUCAUCACGUUGGCAAAAAGGUCGUAAUUAUCCACAACAAAGUGGCACAUCAAUAUCAAGAUUACCUGGUAGACCACCAUUAAAUCAAAGUCAAUUACAACAAAGAAUACGUAUGAUGACACCAUCAGUUAGUAUAUCACCAGUUGUACCAAAAAAAGAAAAUGAUUUUUAUUCUGAUUCUGAAUUAUCAGAGCCAGAAAUUGAAGAAAAUAUUAAUGAACAAGAUGAUGAUAAAAAUAUUGCUAAAAAUAAAGAGCUUGUUACAAUAUCAAGUUCAUCUGAUGAUUCAGAUGAUGAUUGUAUUGUUUUAUCUGAACCAUCAGGUGGUGAAGAAACAGAUAAUGAAGAUGAUCCAUCAAAUUCUGGUAUGCAUACAAAUGAUCGUUAUAAUAUACCAGAUGAACAUGGACGUGUAUUAAUUAAUGUUGGACAUCCAGAAAGUGAACCAGAUGUUUAUUUAGCACCACAAGUUGCUAAAAUAAUAAAACCACAUCAAAUUGGUGGUGUUAGAUUUUUAUUUGAUAAUAUUAUUGAAAGUAUUGAAAGAUAUAGAAGUUCAUCUGGUUUUGGUUGUAUAUUAGCACAUAGUAUGGGUUUAGGUAAAACAUUACAAGUUGCUAGUUUUUGUGAUAUUUUUUUUCGUUGUACAACAGCUAAAACAGUACUUUGUAUUAUGCCAAUAAAUACAUUACAAAAUUGGCUUGCUGAAUUUAAUAUGUGGCUACCAUAUGAAGAUCCUGAAUUAAUUAAAAAUGAUAAACAAAAUACAUCAUCAUCAAGUCAACAAAAAAAUAAUACAGAAAUUGGAAAAACAGAAUUUAAAGAAGAAAAUUCAAAUUUAACUGAUGUAUCAUCAAGUAUGUCAUCAGCUGGUAAUCAUUUUAAUCAACAAAAUUAUGAUAAUCAUCAAUAUAAUUAUCAGGAUAAUUUAAUUAAAUCAAAUACAAAUUUUAAUCAACAAAAUUAUUCACAAAAUUCAAUGUAUGCUAAUUAUCCACAUAUGAAACAAGAAAUUGAUUGUCAACAAAAUUCACAAAUGCCAUCAUCAAAUUAUCCAUCAGUUUAUCCACAAAUGGCAAAUCAAAAUUAUCAAAAUUAUCAUCAAAAUCCAUCAAUUAAUCCUUAUCAAAAUUACCAACAACAACAACAGCAACAACAACCGCAACAACAACAAUCACAAAUGCCACAAAUUAAAACUGAAUAUGAAGAAAAUCCAAUAAUAAAAAAAGAAGAAGAUACAAAAUCAACAACAUCAACAACAACAAAAGAAGAAUCACAAGAUGAUAAAAAAGAAUCUGAUAAAAAAAUAAAAGCACCAUUUAAUGUUGAUGCACCAAUUGGACUUGACAUUCGUCCAAGACAUUUUAAACUUCAUAUUCUCAAUGAUUUACAUAAAACAAUGGCAGCAAGAGCUCGUGUUAUAAAAGAAUGGCAAAAAGUUGGUGGUGUUUUAUUAAUUGGUUAUGAACUUUAUCGUCAAUUAUCAUUAAAGAAAUCAAAUAAAGGUAAAAGAAAACGUGGACAAGCAUUUAAAGAAGCUACAGUUGAUAUUGAAGAAGAUGAUAAAAAUAAAGUAUUAUUUGAUGAUAUGCAUGGUGCACUUGUUGAUCCAGGUCCUGAUUUAGUUAUUUGUGAUGAAGGACAUAGAAUAAAAAAUUCACAUGCAAGUAUUAGUCUUGCAUUAAAACAAAUGAAAACAAAAAGAAGAAUUGUAUUAACUGGUUAUCCAUUACAAAAUAAUUUAUUGGAAUAUUGGUGUAUGGUUGAUUUUGUAAGACCAAAUUAUUUGGGUACUAAAAGUGAAUUUUGUAAUAUGUUUGAACGUCCAAUACAAAAUGGACAAUGUAUUGAUUCAACACCACAAGAUAUACGUUUAAUGAGAUAUCGUGCACAUGUAUUACAUGCAUUACUUGAAGGUUUUGUACAACGUAGAUCACAUUCUGUAUUACAAAUAUCAUUACCAAGAAAAGAAGAAUAUAUAAUGCUAGUUAGAAUGACACCACAUCAAAGAAAAUUAUAUGAUACAUUUAUGAAUCAAGUUGUUAAAACACGAGCUGUACCAAAUCCAUUAAAAGCAUUUGCUGUUUGUUGUAAAAUAUGGAAUCAUCCAGAUAUAUUAUAUCAUUUUUUGCGUAAACGACAAAUGAAUGAAGAAGAUGAUUUGGAUCUUGAAGAAACAAUUGCUGAAAAAACAACACCUGGUAUGAAAAAAGGACCAAAAGGUAAAACGAAAAAAGGUGCUAAAAAAGAAAAAAUUAUUAAAAAUAAACCAGCUGCAAGUGUACAACCAAAUUCAUCAGCAUCAAUUAAUAAUAACACUAAUACAACUAGUACAACUACAACUACAACUACUGAUGAUGUUAAUGAUAAUAAAAAAAUUGGUAAUUUUAAUAAUUAUACACAAGUACAAAAUACAAAUUAUCCACCAACUGGUAAUGCAACAUUUCAACAACCACAAUCACAACCACAACAGCAACAACAACAACAACAACAACAACAAAAUUUCAAUAAUAAUACCAAUAAUUAUCAAGGUAAUGAUAAUCAAGGUAAUAAUAAUUAUUACCGUUCAGAAACAAAUACCAGUGAAUUUACAAGUGAAUUUUAUAAUAACAAUCAAACAACAACAACAAGUGGAACAAGAUAUCAAAAUCAAUCUGGUACAUUUACUAAUUAUCCACAAGGUUCAUCAAAUUAUCAAGCAACAAAUUCAAAUCAAAAUUAUUCACAACAAAAUCCAAAUCAAAUGUUCCAAGGUAAUAAUAAUGAUGCUGCUGCUGCUGCUAAUAAUCCUGCCGGCUUUCGUAAUGAUCAAAGUAAUUCAGGUAAUAAUUAUGAUAUGUUUUCACGACAACAAAAUUAUUCUUACAAUGAUCAAUCAAGAAAUUAUUCGGCAAAUGUUAAUCAACAACAGUAUCAAACAAAUGUUAAUCAAUCUGGAAAUUAUCAAAAUCAAUCAAAUAUUCCAAUGAAUAAUUUUUCUAGUUACAAUGAACAUCAAAGUAAUUCACAAAUUUAUACAUCUCAAAAUCAACAACAAAAUUCACAAAGUAAUACACAACAAACAUCUCGUUAUAUACCUGGUCAAUCACAAAUAUCAUCAACAAAUCAACAAAAUUCAACUGGAAAUAUGACAAAUUCAUAUCCACAAAAUCAACAACAACAACAUUCUAAUCAAUCACAUGGUUAUCAAAAUUCAACGACACCUGGAGCAUCAACAAAUUCACAAAUAUAUCAAAAUAGCCAAGGUAAUAAUCAAGGGAAUGUUGGACCAAAUGGAUCACAGCCAUUUUUAGGUAAUUAUCCAACUUCACAAGGACAAAAUUCAAAUUUACCAUCACAAACAUCACAAAAUUAUCCAGAACAAAAUUCAAGUGGUAAUUUUAAUAGAAAUAAUCAAGGAAUUGGAAACUUUCCAGUUGGUGGUAAUCAUCAAAAUUCAUUUAAAGGUCAAGAUGAUAGAUUUACAAAUUGGCAGACAAAUUAUUCACAAUCAGUAAAUCAACAACAAAGCCAAGGUAAUAAUCAAUUUUAUCAAGAUAAUUAUUUUCCUGGUCAAAAUAAUUAUCAACAAAAUAGAUAUCAAAAUGAAUAUCAAAGUGAUAUUAAUAUUAAGACUGAAGAUGGUAAACCAUAUAUUGAUAAUAAAAAGGAUAAUUUUAAUAAUUCAUCUUCUUCUGAUGUUGGUAGUGGAAAUAAUAAAACUCCAAGUGUACCAAUAGCUCCAACAGUUGUAUCAAAUAUUCCAAAUAUUCCAAGUAUUCAACAAAGUUUUCCAAAUGAUGCUAUUAAAGAAAAAGAUGAUAGUAUUACGCAAGAAAAAGAUAAAGAAAAAGAUGAUAAAUCAGAUGAUGAAGUUAUUGUUAGAGAUGAAGAUAAAGAUUUAAAAAGUUCACCAAGUGGUAGAGAAGAUCCUGGAAUUCCAUAUGAUUGGGCAACUGAUUUAAUGAAAGGCUAUGUACCAGAUAUUAUUGAAGCAUCAGCUAAAAUGGCAAUAUUUUUUUGUAUACUUGAAGAAGCAAUACGUCUUGGUGAUCGUGUAUUAACAUUUUCACAAUCAUUAUUUACACUUAAUUUAAUUGAAGAUUUUUUAGCUAAAAAUGAUUAUAAAACAUCUGAUGGUAAAACUGAAAAUUGGAUUAAAAAUGUAAAUUAUUAUCGUCUUGAUGGUAGUACAAGUGCACUUGAACGUGAAAAAUUAAUAAAUGAAUUUAAUCGUAAUUCAAAAAUUCAUUUAUUUUUGGUAUCAACACGUGCUGGUUCAUUGGGUAUUAAUUUAGUUGGUGCUAAUAGAGCAAUUGUAUUUGAUGCAUCAUGGAAUCCUUGUCAUGAUACACAAGCUGUUUGUCGUGUUUAUCGUUAUGGACAAAAAAAACCAUGUUAUGUUUAUCGUCUUGUAACUGAUAAUUGUCUUGAAAGAAAAAUAUAUGAUAGACAAAUAAGUAAACAAGGAAUGGCUGAUCGUGUUGUUGAUCAAUGUAAUCCAGAUGCUCAUUUAUCAUUAAAAGAAGCAACAACAUUGUCCUGGGAUUGGGAAGAGGAUAGUCAAGUACAAGAUUUUUCAGCUUCAAAAGAUACAUAUACUGAUGAAAUAAUGCAUUCUUUAUUAGAUAAACAUUCAUCAUUUCUUACUAAACAACCAUUUCAUCAUGAGAGUCUUCUUGUUGAUAGAAAAGAUAAAAAAUUAAGUCAAGCUGAAAAACGUCUUGCCAGACGAGGAUAUGAAUUGGAAAAAAUGGCUGCAAAUUCAUCAAGACCAAGUUAUAAUUACAUUCCUGGAAAUACUGCAACUCGAGCUGGAGGACUUCAAAUUAGAGCAGUACGUGGUAAUGAUCAGGGUGUAACACCAAAACCAGUUGCAUCAGUACGUCCUAUGCAACAACGUGGUGCUGAAGGUUUAAGUACACGUGCUGGAAGUCGUUGGAUACCAGCUGAAGUUUGGCAACGACAAGGAAUGAGUGCACAAGAAAUGACACUUCCACUUGACGUUGUAAUACCAACAAAUUCACCAGAUAAAUCAAGUAUUGUUUUAAAAGCCGGUCAACGUGUUAUGGUAUUAAAAUCACCAAAAGGUAUUUACAUGCAAUUAGAAUCUGGUAAAAUAAUAGCAAUAAGAACAUCAUUAAAAUUAAAUCAACAAAAACGUGAAGAAGAAACUAAAAAAGUAACAACAACAUCAUCAUCAUCUUCAUCAUCAUCGUCAUCAUCACCAAGAGGACAAAAUUUAAAACCAGAUGUUGUAUUUCCAUUAAGAAAUAAUUCAGCAAUAUCAUUAAUUCCAAAAACAUCAUCAUCUGUUAUAAAUACAUCAAGUGGUGGUCCAGUACAACCAAGACCAUUAUCAAGACCAAGUAGUGGUUCUGGCUAUCGUCAAUUUCAAUCAGAUAAAGAUAUUAAUGUAUCAAAAAGACCAAAAUCAUUUUUACAAACACCAAUUAUAAAACAAAAUUUAAAUCAAUUAACAAAUAAUAUGUCAUUACAAAAAUUAAAUAAAGGCAAACAUGAUCAUUCUGUUGAUCAUUCAUCAGCCGGUGAAAAUUCAAAUUCAUCAGAUAGUCAACCAAGAACUGAUCAAAGAGUUGAAGAAGUACGUAUUGAAGAUAUUGUUGCUGAAGCUAAUACAAAUAAUAAUAAUAAUAAUAACAAUAAUAAUACUAAUAGUAAUAAUAAUCAUGAAUUUAAUUCAAUUAAUUCAAAUUCAUCAUCAAGAUUACAAACGUCUGAUCAACAAGAUACAAAUUUAGGAAAAAUUUGUGAUGAUAAUAAAAGACAAGAUUAUAAUAAUACUCAAACAAUGAAUAUUCAUAAUAAUAUUAUGAAAAAUGAUUUAUUAGAUCAUACUAAUAAAAAUAUUAAAAAUUUACAAAAUAUGAUUAAUUCAUCAGAAAUUAAAGGAGACAUUAGACAAAUACAGAGUGGAUCAUUUGGUAAUCAGGGAUCUUUUGGACAUUCUCCAGUAUCUACAAAAAAUCCAAUUGAUGAAAUUAUUAUUGAUAAACCAUCAGUACAAAAUUCAAUGAGAAUUACAAAUCAAAUUCCAUCACAACAACAGUUAUUACCACCACCACCGCCACCACCAAUACCAUCAUUACCACCAUUACCAACACAAGCACCAUUAUCAUCAUCAUUGUCAUCAUCAACACAUCCAAAUUUACAAAAUACUGAUGCAAUUACAAUGAAUCAAAUGUGUCCUCCAGUUAUUCAAGAAACACCAAAGACUCAUAAUGACACAAUAACAAAUUCACAAAUAUCAUUAACACCAAGUAAUCCACAUGGAAAAAAAUUAAUAUCACCAGGUGUUACAAAAGAACAAAUACCAUUAAAUACUGAACAAGUACCAAUUGUUGAUCCACAAGGUUAUCCUUAUGCACAAUAUCCAAGAUAUUAUGAUUAUUCAGAUUCACGAACGAGACAAUCAAAUACAUCUUAUGAAUCAUAUUAUCAACCAAGUCAAAGACAAACAAGUAAAGAUGUACAAAGACUUAAUAGUGAUGUUGUUAAAACAAUUGAUGAAAGAACUGUACCUCCUCCUCCAAUUCCUCCUUCUCUAUCUCUUCCUCCGUCACCUACAAUUUAUCAUAGUACUCCAUCAAGUAUUAUUCCUGGAGUAAAUCAAACUGUUAUUCCAUCUCAAUCAACAACAACUAGAGAAAAUAAAGAAUUAAAAAAUAAUGAUGGACAAAUUACAAAUUCUAUUCCCAUGACUGGAAAUGGGAAUGAGGGUAUUGAUUCUUCAGUUGGAUUUAAUCAUACUGGUAGACCAGGAUAUCAUUCAAAUUAUUCAUCGAGUUUUGAUCCUUACGCACAGCAUUAUUCUGCUGUACCACCUGGAUCGAGUGUUGCUGCUGCUGUUGCUACACCAUCUUCAUCUCCAGCUUCAACUCCAGCAGCUGUUUAUCCUCCAAGUGGAACACCUGGAUAUACUGGCUAUGGUGGACCAAGUUAUGAUGCUAAUUAUGCACGUAUGUACUCGGCUUUUCAUGGUGGUACACCAACGGUUGCAGAUCCUUAUUUGCACCGUGGUUAUGCACCUCCAGCCUCAUCACAUCCUUCAAAUUAUUAUCCAUCUUUUUCUCAUCCACCACCACCACCACCACCUCCACCAUAUCCUAAUUAUUCAUUUUUACCUCCUUUUUCAAAUCCCAAUGCACCCAGCGAAUCACAACCACCAACACAGUAGAAAAUUUAUAUAAUAGAUUAGUUUAAAUAUAACAGAAAUAAUAAAUUUAAAAAAAAAGAAAAAACAAAUAUAUUUGAAAGAAAAUUAAACAAUAUUAACUAAUUUUAUUUUCUUUCUUUUAUUUUUUUUCUUUUUUUUUAUAUUUAAACGAAUAGACUGAAGCUUUAAGACACAUCAUUGUAAAAUGUUUAGUCAGAAGUUAUGAGGGAAUUAAAAAAAAUUAAAUAAAAAUAGGAAAAAAAAAACAUUUUUUUUUUCUUAAAAUGUGCAAUGAUGUUGAUCGCACGAAAAUUUUGUAAAUUCGACGAUUUUUUUUGUAAAUUUUUUGUUGUAAAAAUGUAAUAGAAAAAAAAUAAAUAUUUUUUUUUUUGUUUUUUUUUUUUUAUCUUUUAUUAAAAUGAUUAAAAAAAAAAAAAAAUUUAUAUAUAUAUAUAUAUGUCUAAGGGCAACACAGCAACAUGACACACGUUCUUUGAUAGAUAAAUUUAUUUUUUUUUCUUUGCUACUAUUUUUUUUUUCUUUAUAUAGAAAUAUAUAUAAUUUUUAUUUUCAUGAAAUAAAUUUUUUCGUUAUAUUAUUUUUUAAUAUAAAUUUAAAUGACGUGUGUUAGACCUCUCAAUGAUGCUGAUGAUAAUUAUGAAUAAAUGAAGACAAGGAAAAAAAAAAAAAAAACACUUGUUAUUUCUUUUUGUUUUUUUUUUGACAAUUAUUAAUUUUUUUUUUUUCCUGUAAUUUUAUACGUGCAUUACACAUACAGUAUUUAUCCACAAUUAUUUGGCAACAAGU